AUGGCCGAAGCGUCAUCCUCCCGAAGGCCCUAUACCACUUCGCCACCAGAAGACAGCUCGCCCUCUGAGGACGACCGCGGAGUAUCAGAAACAUCAAGCCGGAGGCGCACUCAUUAUGGCGGUCAGCGGGUCAGCAGAUCAACGCGCCCGUCUACUUCUGAGACUCAAAAGAGUGCAGCAUCUCGUCGAAAGCGCGCCAGCUACCAGGAACCAUUGGACUACAGUAACUUGGACGAAGAGGCAAUUCCGCCACCGGUCAAAGCAGAGGACUGGAAGACUCAGAACCCGCCUUCGCGGUUGGAGGAGAACAUCCGCCAGUCUCGAGCAGCAUCUGGCAGCAAGCAUGGAUCGAACCGCAAUGAGACGGUCCGAAGGCGGAGAAGCAGGAAUGAUGGCGAAGAGGAGCUUACUGAAGUAGCCGCACCGCCUCCUGCGUCGAGAACCGGUGAUCGCGAGGCCGCUACAGGCGCCGAGCAGUCUCUUGAGGAGGAUUUACAGGAAGAGGAUGUUUCUGAAGAGUCUCGAUCAUGGCAUAGGCAAAGGCAGCCGGAAGAGCUUCUUCGACGCAAGGAUGAGCCUGCGAAGACCUCGAAGUUUUUGACUGAGCUCUACACAAUCUCCUACCUCGUUUUCUUUGCGAUCUUAGGCACCCUUGCGCGACUGGGAGUACAGUGGAUUACUUUCUACCCGGGCACACCUAUGGUCACUCCGGUGAUAUGGGCCAACUUUGGCGGGUCAUUUGUUCUAGGUUUUCUGGCCGAAGACCAGCGAAUGUUCCGCGACAACUCGAGCUCGUCAUCCACAAAUGGCACAUCCCUCGAGAUGCAGCACCGGAAUGGGAAUGAUGGAAAGGAAGCUAACAAGCCAGACAAAGCAGAAGCGACGAAGAGGAAGAAGGCCAUCCCACUGUACAUCGGUCUCGCUACAGGCUUCUGCGGCAGCUUCACCUCGUUCUCCUCCUUCACGCGCGACGUCUUCCUGGCUCUGUCGAAUGACCUCCCGACUCCGAUCGAUCAUCCGUACCAGGGCAGCGCACCACCAGUCACCUCGACCAUUAGCCGCAAUGGGGGGUAUUCAUUCGAAGCACUUCUGCACGUGAUCAUAGCUACCCUCGCCCUCUCACUUGGCGGUCUGGUUGUUGGCGCUCAGUUUGCGGCAUUCCUUGAUCCUAUUACCCCGAGGAUCCAUGGGAGCUUCAUAAGGAAGUUCGUAGAUCCGGCUAUGGUCAUCCUAGGCUUCGGCUGCUGGCUCGGUGCAGUCUUCCUUGCCAUCUGGCCGCCAGCAAAUGCCUGGCGUGGCGAGGUCGUGUUCGCUCUGGUAUUUGCACCGGUCGGCUGUUUACUUCGAUUCUACGCGAGUAUGAAGCUGAAUGGUCUCGUGCCGGCGUUUCCACUUGGCACUUUCGCGGUCAACAUGCUUGGGAUGUGCUACGAUAUACAGCAUGUCGGCGUGGGCGUGAUGGGUCGCAUUGGAGGCGGCAUGAUUGGGUGCCAGAUUCUCAACGGUGUUCAGGAUGGUUUCUGCGGGUGCCUGACGACUAUUAGCACCUGGGUGGCAGAGAUUAACGGUUUGAAGAGGAAACAUGGCUGGGGCUACGCAUUUGGCAGUGUGCUGGGCGGCUUCUGUCUGAUGGUCGUUAUCAUGGGCAGUGUACGCUGGAGCGUUGGAUCUUCAUCACCGGUCUGCGAUACGGGAUACACAUCUAAAGUACAUGGCUAA